CCGAGACCCCCGUCGCCGUGCCCGUCUUCGCAGAGGAGUCCUCGCGUGGUGAGUAUGCGGAACAGGCGGGUUUUGAGAACCAAAAAAAGACGCCGACCACGAGGGGCCCAGGAUCCCAGGCUUCCUCCCCAGAGGAGUGAGGCGACCCCUGGGAGGUCCCCUCCCACCACCACCAUGGCGGCUGCCGGUGGUGACUGCCCGCCCCCUCCUCCACCACCUCCUCCCAACAACAACAACAACAACAACAAGCCCCAGAGCUCCAACGAUGACGAAGAUCAGCGCAGAUAUGAGGAUUUUGCUGACAACUACCUGGCUCUGCUGGGCCAGCAGCCAGAGAUGAACAACAACCUACAGGAGCAGAUGCAGUUAUUCUCAGAGGAGAACAGCUUUCUCCGGUUCCCAGUCGAAGAUGAAGUUGAACAAGAACCAAUACCUGAACACAUCCAUAUCCCUGUCCCUCAGGACAGUGACGAAGACGACCUUGAACUCCAAGGUGCUGCAGCGGCCGCUGCUCCAAUCAAUUUCGAGGAUGACGGCUCUGAAGACCUCCCGGAGAAGUUUGACGGCAACCCCGACAUGCUGGGUCCUUUCAUAUCCCAGUGCCAGAUCUUCAUGGAUAGGAGCACCAGAGAUUUCUCAGCUGAUAGAAUCCGCGUGUGCUUCGUGACAAGCAUGCUGACCGGCCGUGCCGCCCGCUGGGCUUCUGCCAAGCUGGAACGAUCCAGUUACCUGAUGCACAACUACCCUGCUUUUAUGAUGGAGAUGAAGCACGUCUUUGAAGACCCUCAGAGACGCGAAGCUGCCAAACGCAAGAUCAGACGUCUGCGCCAGGGCAUGGGAUCUGUCGUGGAUUACUCCAACGCAUUCCAGAUGAUCGCCCAGGACCUGGAUUGGAACGAGCCUGCUCUGAUUGAUCAGUUCCAUGAAGGCCUCAGCGACCAAAUUCAGGAGGAGCUGGCUCGCCAGGAGACUCCCAAGACCCUGGAUGCUCUGAUCAGCCUGUGCAUUCACAUCGAGAGAAGGCUGGCACGUGCUGCUGCUGCUGCUGCAAACAAGCCUCCCACUGAAUCCCCACCGAGGGCCCAGGAGACGCCUCAGAACAACCAGGCUGAUCCCACCGAGCCUGUGGGCGGUGCUCGCAUGCGCCUGACCCAGGAAGAGAAAGAAAGACGCCGCAAACUGAACUUGUGUCUUUACUGCGGCAACGGAGGUCAUUACGCCGACAACUGUCCAGCGAAGGCCUCCAAAAAUUCGCCCGGGAAACUCCCCGGCCCCGCUGUAGAGGGACCUUCAGCGACCGGGCCGGAAAGAAUAAGGUCCCCCCCCACCGAGGCUACGACUCCGCACCUGCAAGUGAUGCUCCAGAUUCAUAUCCCGGGCAGACACACCCUGUUUGUCCGGGCGAUGAUUGAUUCUGGAGCAUCCGGCAAUUUCAUUGAUCAAGAGUAUGUCAUCCAGAAUAGAAUUCCUCUAAGGGUUAAAGAAUGGCCAAUCAUGGUGGAAGCUAUAGAUGGGCAUCCCAUAGCCUCGGGCCCAAUCGUUCUAGAGACUCACCACCUGAUUGUCGACCUUGGAGAUCAUCGUGAAGUGUUGUCUUUUGAUGUAACUCAGUCUCCGUUCUUCCCUAUCGUCCUGGGAGUGCGCUGGCUGAGUACCCAUGAUCCCCACAUCACCUGGAGCACCCGCUCUAUUGUCUUCAACUCUGAUUACUGCCGCUUUCGCUGCCGGGUGUUUUCCCAGAUACCUCCUCCCCUCCUGUUACCAGCACUACCACAGCUGCAUCCACAUCUGCACCCUCACCUGCACCCACAUCUGCAUCCGCAUCUGCAUCCCGCGCAUCUGCAUCCCCCGCAUCUGCACCCGCAUAUGCACCCGCAUAUGCACCCUCAUCUGCACCCUCAUCUGCAUCCUCAUCUGCAUCCUCAUCUGCAUCCGCAUCUGCAUCCGCAUCUGCAUCCUCAUCUGCAGGAGCAGCUGCAUCAUCUGUAUGAGCAUCUACAUGAGCAUCUGCAUCAGCAUAUGCACCAGCAUAUGCAUGAGCACGUGCACGAGCACGAGCAGGAGCAAGAGCAAGAGCAAGAAGAGGAGCAGGAGCAAGAGGAGGAGCAAGAGCAGGAGCAAGAGGAAGAGCAAGAGCAGGAGCAUGUGGAUCCACAUCUGCACCCGCACAUGUACCCGCACAUGCACCCACACAUGCACCCGCAUAUGCACCCUCCGCAUAUGCAUCCCCAUCACGGUCCGCAUCGGGAUCCACAUCAGGAUCCAAACCAGGACCCUCACCAGGAUCCUCAUCAGGAUCCUCAUGUCCACCUGCACCCCCACGUGCAUCCGCAUCUGGAUCCACACCUGCAUCAGCAUCUGGAUCCACACCUGCAUCACUAUCUGCAUCACCAUCUGGAUCCACACCUGCACCAGCAUCUGGAUCCACAUCUGCACCAGCAUCCUCAUCAGCAUCCGCAUCCACCAUUCUUCUACCACAUGGAUGGAUACCGAGUUUUCUACCCUGUGAGGUACUGCUAUGUCCAGAAUGUGUACACGCCCGUGGAUGAGCACGUCUACCCAGGUCACCGGCUGGUCGACCCUCACAUAGAGACGAUCCCCGGAGCGCACAGCAUUCCCAGCGGACAUCUGUACUCACUGUCGGAGACUGAGAUGGCUGCCCUGCGAAAUUUCGUGGAGAGGAGCGUGAAAGAUGGGCUCAUGACUCCCACCGUCGCCCCCAACGGAGCCCAAGUUCUGCAAGUGAAAAGAGGGUGGAAACUCCAGGUCACGUGCAACACCCGAGCUCCACAGAGCCGCACCAUCCAAAAUCAGUAUCUUCGCCUGUCUCUUCCAAACAUGGGCGACCAAGCACACCUGGCCACCUAUGCUGAAUUAGUCCCUCAAGUUCCUGCAUUCCACCCGUUCCCUGUCUAUGCCACCUAUGCGGGCCAUCCAGUGAUGUUCGCAUGGUACCCAGUGGCACAAGAUAUACACGGAAGACUGAUCGUCGUACCUGUUGUGGUCACCUGGUGUCCAAAUUGGUACCGCCAGCCUCCGGUACCCCAGUAUCCUCCCCCGCAGCCACCGCCACCGCCACCGCCGCCGCCGCCUCCACCACCACCACCUCCACCACCUCCAUCCUACAGUACCUUGUAAAUAAUCUGCUGUGUCCUUCAGAAUCUCCGCCCUCACCUUUAGCCUGUGCAGCUUCUCAAUCAAUUUCUGUGUGCUUGCUACUGAACUUCAGGCCACCUAAGGCCCCAAAGCACACAGGGAAGUAAGUGGACAAGGCCUAGGUUUUACCUGUUAAAACCUCUCACCAUCUCAGUCACAGGCUGCCACAUUUCUUUACAGAGAAGCUGAUACAAGCACAGGCCAUGCUGAUUUCUUACAGAGGGGGAGAAGAGGAGGAGGACACACCCACCUGCCCGUAUCCUAGUUACAUCACUGGAGGACGGGCGCCUUAUGAAGGAAGCCACGCUUUUUGGUGCAGUAUGGAAAGGCUUCCGUGAUCCUCUUGCUGCACCCUAUGAAACUUCACCAUCUUCAAACUCCAUUGUCAUGGUUCCGUUAAUUUUUCAAGGAGCAGCAAUUGGACUGGUUCUUUGCAACACGAAACACCUCAGCUUGAAAAGGAAGUGCUCUCUCAGAUAGACUUGUGAGUGUGCCUUCACAUUCUGGUGCAAAUCCCAUGUACCCAAGAACUCUGGCUUUGACGCGACAUCUUAAUCAUCAUCAUGCCAGUAAGGUUUCCUUACAGUGUUGAACCUGGCGACCAGAGGCUUCUGGUGGCUGUAGGUAUGGUAGGUUUAUUUUUAGAACGUUGUAACCACCCCUCAAUCACGCAAGAGGACUAAAGAGUAGUAUGUCAAGAGGACUUCUAAAUGUGGUACCCAAACUGUUACAAGGGGCUGUGAGUUAGUUCAUUGUUGCUAAUUGGCUGGAGAAACACCAGCAAAGUUUUGCAAUCAUCUACCCCUGUGUCUGCCUCCAUAUGCAUCUGGGCAUCCCAUCAGCCACCCCCUCAUUGGCCUGUACCAUGAGGAUGUUUAGAGAGGGGAAAUGAUUUUGCACCCAGAUCCACACUCCAGUCAUGGAAGAUCUCUUUGGAGAAGAGGAAUUAGAGCACUGGGCAUCGUCUUGAAGAUAUGAGCUUCUACGAAUGAGGUCUCUUGCUACUACCUUGAAUCAUUCAUCUAACCUCUCUUUUUCUGUUUGAUUCUCUACUACUGCCAUUAACCCUGCUGCAGAGUUUGCCACCUUCCUGCCUGAUUGCUGAGACUCCAUUUUGCUGCCACGCAAGGAGAUGAAAGAGGCAGGCCUAACGGAGAAUGUAUUUCAAUACAGUCUCCAAUUGCCAAACACAGGUUGAGCAGUAGGAUACAACAUGGUUUUUAUUUCAGUUUGCUUGUCGUGAAAAGGAGUCUUAAUGGUGAAGUUUCCUUUUCCAUCAACAUCAUCUCUCCCUUACCCUUGCAUGUUUGAAUAGUUUAGUGGGUUGUUGUUUUUUUAAGGAUUUUUAAAGUGUUGGCUAUGCUUUCAGAAUUUUCAUUGAAUUACAAAGUAAUACCCAAUUCUUCUGACUCAGUACUGUGAUUUCGAAUCAUCAAUUUUAAAUUCUAUCAAUCAGGCCUUUAAAAGUCACCAAAAAGGAGAUACAAAUUAAAAGAAGACACCCAAUCAGUUAUUGAUUCUCGCUCAAUGGAAUGAGAAAGCUUGUCAGUCAUCCUGUGUUUUACAGUAAUUACUUUUAAAUGGUGCAUUUGUGCUUCUGAUUUUUGUGAAGCGUCACUUCAGUUUACCUCAAAUCUCAAUUCCAUCCUUCAUACAUUUUAAAUUCAUUUGAUCUUCAAGCUGCAGAGUGCCUAGAAAUGGGUCAUCAUCUGCAGCCCUGGCAUAGACACAGGGACCUUUGCCGCCACUGCAAGCAAAGAUCUGGAGAAGUUGACCACCUCAGUCAGGGAGAACAAGCUGGUGUGAGUUUACAGCUCACAGACAACAUCCCUGACCCACAUUGGAUUGUAUUUUGAAGCUUGCCAUUGACUUUUCGGCACUGUGUACUAUGCUCUAUUCCUAUAUAUACUUAAAUCUUAGGCUAAGGAUAGGUUAGGUUAAGUUAGGUUAAGGAUAAGUACUCUUACAUUUACUUUAUAGUACUGAAAUUUUGUUAAGUUUCCUUUUUAUCAAUUUAUUUUGCUUCUGUUGAUCAAAUUUACAGUAAUUGUUUCUACUUUUCUUUUAUUUUGGCAUUUCCAACAAAAAUGUCUUUAUUCAUUUAUUAGGAAGGAAAAAUAAGUCAGAAAGGGAGGAGAGAAGACAAACUAGCAAAAUUAACUAAUUGGCUGUAGGCCCAAAUUUUCAUUGCUUAUUAAUUAAAGAUGAAGGGGAUGUGAGAGUUCCUAUUGCUGGUCAUGAAGGUCACCAUGAAGAGUCAGUUUAGUUUAAACCAGGAGGUGUUUGGCUGAGAUAGUAAUUUGAGAUGGGCAUCUGUGUGGUGCACUCCAGGAUUGUGUUUAAGUUCACAGGUACCUCUUGGACUCCUGAAUUGAUCUCGCUGUCACACAUCACUGACAUCCGCAUCCCACAUCGUUUCAAGAUUGGCAACAGAGAGCACCGUGUUGGAGAGGCCUGAGCAGUCAUGAAGGACCACCUGCGGAAGAGAAGAGUCUGCAGGAACCAUACUACAUAUUCAGCUGGAGAGGGAACACGCAUCUGAUGGGAAUGGAAUUUGUUGAUUGUUUCAGAUUGUAGUACAUUGUUGAGUUGUUUUAAACAUUGCAUUGUUUUUCUUUUUCUUUUUCUUUAUUCUAUAGUCAAUUAAGUAAUAGGGGAUAGAUAUUUUAGGCUGGGAGGGACUAUUAAGUAAUCUUAGGUGGGUGGGUAAUUUAGGAAGUUAAGAUAAGUUAGGAUAAGUUAGGAUAAGUUAGGUUAAGUUAGGAUAAGUUAGGAUAAGUUAGAUAAGACAUCUCAAUAAGUGGACACGUGUACUUAUUUGUCCCUCUUAACCCUACAAACUGUACCUUUAACAUUCAACUCAGAGGAAACUGCAGGGAAAUCAACAUUUUAUGAGUGAAUUGGACAUGGAUAAAAUUUAUGUGAAAGUUCAAAGAUGAUUAGUUUAAUCUAAUAAAGGCCCUAGUAAUUAACUCCAGGGAUAGAUUGUGAGUAAAUCAUUGAGAGAAUUAGCAGAUGAUAGGCAUCAUUUGAGAAACUGUUGCUGGAAUAAAGCUUAUAAUGCCAAAUGAUAAAUGUUAAUGGAAAUUAUAAGAAAAUGAUGAAUAAGAAUCCUUGCUCUUUCCCUGUCAGUAAUCCUCCUCCCCCGCCCCUCCCUACCCCAUCCUUUCUUUCCUCCCCCCCUCCAAACCCGCCCUUCAAACAAUAUUACUGUAUUCUCUUUACUAUAUUUCAAUGUAUUACUAAUGCUGUAUUGAUGUUACAAUAAAAAUUCAAUAAAAAGACUUAGUGGUUAAGGCAAA